UUCAUAACACUCUCGGUCUCACUCGUACCUUUUUCCUCAAAAAUUAAAAUAUUUUUUCUUGAAUUUUCUUGGUUUUUGAUGAUGCCAAACGACGCGGAAAAAUUCCAGGUUUCCAAAAAACCACACCCGGACGGGAAAAACGCCCGGAAAAUGCGAGAAAAUCACGAAAAACUAAACUUAUAACCUAAUUUUAAGCUGGGAUUCUUUUUUUAUCAGUGUAGUCGAACAAUUGUACCUGCAGUAGAAACUUCAAGGUGGUCAAGUCCAUCGGUCGGUCCGGAAAAUUUAUUUUCCGCGUGCAAUUUUGACAAAAUUAGCGUGAAAAGUGUGUGAAAUUCGCGUAAAAUCAAUUGCCAAUGUCGUCGUCGUUAUCUCAGAACACUGCCACGCACAUUUCUCACGGAUGUUGUUGAGAAAAUCUGCAGUGACGGUGGUUGAGGUUAUGUUUACUGAAAAUACACGUAUGCAUUUCGAAGAAAAACGCGAGAAUUUUGAAGAAAAGUGUGCCCCACACUUCCCAUAGCGCCCCACCAUGUUGCCCCUGACACACAAGGACUCCCGGAGCUUGGGCUACCGGAUCAAGGAGAAGGUGAACGGGUGGAAACGAUUGAUAUUCUCCGACAGGAACUCCCGGAAUCUUUUCCUCUUUCUCCUACUCAACCUCAGUUUUGCCUUUGUGGAAUUCCUCUAUGGCAUCUGGACAAACAGUUUAGGUUUAAUAUCAGAUUCAUUCCACAUGUUCUUUGACUGCACGGGCCUCCUAGCCGGCCUGGCGGCUUCCGUGAUUACCAAAUGGAAGGCGAAUGAUCGCUACACAUAUGGCUAUGUGAGAGCUGAGGUCCUGGCUGGAUUCGUCAACAGCCUCUUCCUGCUCUUCAUCUCCUUCUUCAUCAUGUCCGAGGCCAUCGAGAGAGCGGUCGAACCACCGGAGGUGAAGCACGAGCGCCUCUUUGUUGUGUCUGUUCUGGGUCUCCUAGUGAACCUCGUUGGCAUUUAUGCAUUCCAGCACGGCCAUGGACACUCCCACGGUGGUGGUGGGUCACAUGGGCACAGUCAUGGUGGCCAUUCCCACGCUCACAGUAUUCCUGAGGCGAACAACCACCUCCUGGGUAAUCAUCACGGGCACUCCCACGACCACCACAGCCAUCACUCAGAACUGCAACUGGGUCAGGGCUCCAACUCGCAAAUAAUGCGAGGCGUCUUCCUGCACAUCCUCGCCGACACACUGGGCUCCGUUGGGGUCAUUGUGUCUGCGGUGCUCAUGCAAAUGUUCGGCUGGAUGAUUGCCGAUCCCAUUUGCUCCAUGUUCAUUGCCGCCCUCAUCGCCCUCAGUGUGCUCAGUCUCAUCAAGGAGUCCAUAAUGGUGCUCAUGCAACGCACUCCCGUUACCCUCGAUCGUGCCCUGCCGCAGUGCUACCAGAAGGUCACGGGGCUCGCGGGUGUGUACGCCGUGCAGGAGCCCCACUUCUGGACACUCUGCAGCGACGUCUACGUGGGCGCCAUAAAGCUGGAGGUGUCCAAGAAUGUGGAUCCCAAGUACGUGGUAACGCACACCCGCAUGAUCUUCGAGGCAGUGGGUGUGAAGCAACUCUAUGUGCAACUGGACUACGUGUGAUCCCACGCAUAAAAUGUCCUAGUGAUGUCUUUUCUACAUUAAUUAAUUUUUUCUGUUAAAAUUUGGGCGACAGAUACUUUUUGCAAGAUGAUGAUGGUGAGUGUUGAAAAGAAUUUUUGCGACUGAGGGUUUUUUUAUCCUUUUCCGGGAUCCUUGAAAAUGUUUUUUUGAACUUAAAUCAUCUAAAUAGUUCGUAAAACGUUAUAAAAGUUAUAAAUUCAAGGAUUUCUGGCAAAAAAGCAAAGCUUAAACCUUUAAGAUUAAUUUAAUUGCUUUUCUCAUCUAAUUAUCUGGCCUAAUUAAUUCUUUUUUUUUUGCAACUUGCUAGCCUUACGACAGUGUUGAAAAGCAAUUAAUUUUGAGCUCUUGGGCAAUUUUAAAAGAGAUCUUUUAAUUGAAAAAGAUCUGAAUAUUUAAAAAAAAAUCAUCAUUAUUAAAUGAUUUUACGAGAGUCAGGGGCACAGUUAUUAGAACACUCAGCUUGCAUUCAAAAGCCCCCGGUUCAAAUACAGAACCGGCAAUGCUUAAACAUUCUUAGGUAAGGUAAUUCAAAUUCUACAAAAAGGUUAAUUUUUUUCAUCACAAAUAAUUGUUAAAUUCAGAGACCAAAACCUACUUUUAAAUGAAUUGCAAAUGAAUACAUUUUUUUCGGCUUGUAAAGAAAUUUUUAUAGUCUAUUGAGGGAAUGCUGCGUUAGCUCAUUCAGAAUUUCACCAAAUAAGCUCAAAAAAAUCCUCAGUCGCAAAAUUUCCAUUCAUUUUCUUCUCUCUCUUUAAAUCGACGGAAAAACAGGCAACACACUUUAUGAACCAAUUGCAUCGUUUUCUUACUUUUUUCACAAUUUACUGAUGAAAAAAAAACAAGAAAGUGGACAUUUUUUUUCAACUUUAGGUAUAAUUUAUGUUGAAUUGUAUAUUGCGUAUUUAUAGAAAAAUAAAUAAAUAAAAUCAAGUCCUA